GUUUUUAGUUAAUUUGUGAAAAAUCCUAAGAAUUCUCAAAAAUCCUAAGUGGAAACCGAAAAAUUUAAUAGCGGAUGUGUUAUUUGAAUCUUCAGAUAUCUAGCACUGACGUGGUGGUUCCGCGGGAGCCAAGUUCAGAAUUUCCCUCGCCCUGCCCGUAGGAGCAGUAAUCAACUGUGCCGACAACACUGGGGCCAAAAACUUGUAUGUAAUCGCAGUACAGGGAAUUGGCGGUAGGCUGAACCGUCUGCCAGCCGCUGGUUCUGGUGACAUGAUAAUUGCUACAGUCAAGAAAGGAAAGCCAGAACUUAGAAAGAAGGUAAUGCCUGCAGUAGUGAUCAGGCAACGCAAGCCAUUCAGGAGGAAGGAUGGUGUUUUCAUCUAUUUUGAAGACAAUGCAGGUGUCAUUGUGAACAACAAGGGAGAAAUGAAAGGCUCUGCUAUUACUGGACCUGUUGCAAAGGAAUGUGCAGAUCUCUGGCCGAGAAUAGCUUCAAACGCCAGCAGUAUAGCAUGAGUUGUUUAUAAUGUUAUAAUAUAAAAAAAUAUUGAAAAUGGGAAAAAUAAAAGUAUCCCAAACAUCUCUUUGGUAG